GAUAAGUGUCAGGCAGAUGUGGCACUCAGGAUAUUCUCAUGGUCAUUCGAACUCACACGCGCUCAGCCUGGGCCAGCCUCGGCUAACAGUCGUGUGGUAACCACGCUCUAGUACAGUGUGUGGGGCUUCGUUCCACUUACAGGGAUUAAGAAGUAAUAGAACUAGAGUUGCAAGAGCAUAGAACUAAACCCAUUGAAGAUGCAGGCACUAAGAGCUGUCAAAACUGUCCUGGCAAAAAGACCUGUCGUAAGCAAUGUAAUAACUUAUGGAACUCUGUAUACAGGGGCUGAAUUCUUUCAGCAGACGUUUAACAAUAGGAUUAUGAUUCCAGCAGGCUCUCCUCCUGUUCCCUACGACACGGCAACUCUAGCUCGUUACGGAUUCAUGGGAACCUGUGUCUUUCCUCAUGUUCUCUACCAUGCGUACAAGUUUUUGGAUUCCAAGUUUGUUGGUAAAAGUUUAGCAGUGGUAUUACCAAAGUUAGCAGUAGAUGCUCUCGUAGUUACACCAAUCAAUCUUACCCUCUUCUAUGUUGGCAUGAGUGCCAUGGAAGGAAAGGAAGAUCUCCUGGAUGAAUGGAAGAAAAAAAUUCUACCUACUUUCCUGACUGCAAGUGUAUUCUGGGUUCCUGCUUCUCUCGUCAACUUCAGGUUCCUCCCACCACAAGCUCGAGUUAUAUUUGUUGGUUCUUGUCAAAUAAUUUGGGUCUCAAUCUUGUGCUGGUUCAAACGUCAAGAAUACUAGUCAGAAUAUUCUGUCUAAGGAAUUAACUAAAAAAUUACACUAGUGGAUAUUUUAGUAUAUUUACAGGUCGGUGAAUGGCUAAUUUAGGUGCUUUCCCUUAUUAAUAAUACUUUUUAGUAAGAUUCAACAGGUAAUACUUAACAGGGGAUGUAAUCAUCCAAUCAUAAUAAAAGUUAUCUUCAGGGACAUCCCAGUAUUAAUGGCAUAAAUAUAGUCAUGUAUAUUGCACAAUUUUAUCAUAAUAUAACUCUGGAUGAAUAAAUCUUGUCUAGUAUCUAGACAUGAUAUAUGAGCAGCAUGCACUAAUGUAAGCGCGUCCUUGCCUAACUACUGAAAAUUUUACCCUUUGUUGUGUGGGUGCAUAUGGGUGUAUGUAUAUUACAUUAUGUUUACAUAAAUAAACAUCUACAGACCUUGUCAUAUACAAAUUCACUGUAACAUAAAAAAAAGGUUUCACAACCUAUUUUAUGUAUGAUUAGACUUUGUAUGUGUAUGUGAAGACACCAAUACACACAUUUAUAAGGAAAUAUAGAGAUAUAUUUCUGUUUUUCACAUGAUGGAUUUUGUAUAAUGUUUAGCAGUAUGUGAAUAUUAUUGACCCAUGACAAUUUUGUGUGUGUGUGUGUGUGUGUGUGUGUGUGUGUGUGUGUGUGUGUGUGUGUGUGUGUGUGUGUGUGUGUGUGUGUGUGUGUGUGUGUGUGUGUGUGUGUCUGUGUGUGUGUGUGUCUGUCUGUCUGUGUGUGUGUCUGUCUGUGUCUUUGUGUCUUUUUCUUUCCAUUCUUAAUACAAAUUUUAUCAUCUAUUGAAACAUUUUGAUUUGCACUAUGAAAGCAAUUUUCUGAUAUUUGUAAAUGAAUUGCCAAUAGUUUUGAUAGGCUAUUUCCUAAGGUUUGACACAGGGUAACAUUUUGUGAAUUUUCUUUAGAGAAUAGUAGUUAAAAUUGUUAUAUAUGAAUACUGGAGGGGUAAUGCCUUUUUCAAUAAUUUAAUGGUCUUGGAGCUAAAUUAAAUAUGACUUUAACACAUUCCAGUGUAUAUCUUCCAAGUUAUAAUGGAGAUAGCUGAAAAUACAAGACAUUCCAAAACAAUAUCUUUGUCAAUGUUUUCAGAAUUUUGGUUGUAAAAAAGAAACUUAUGUUUAUUAUUUGAGUAAUACAUAAAAUUUAGUUAGAUUGUAUUUUUAUAUUAGGUAAUAUCAUAAUUGAUGAUGCCUCUAUGUAUAAUUACUGGUUUGGCUCUGUCUACAUAUUCAUACUUUUAAAGUUCAGAAAUGAGUGUUAAGUGAAUAAAAUGUUUAGAAAAGUAGCUAUGUGGAUUAUACUUGCGAAUAAAAUCUUUGCUUACUCCUUUGAUGUUUAUUAUAAUUUCACCGACUCAGUGAAGUUAUUCUGCAGCCCUGAUGUAUGCAAAGAAUCAUACAGUCCUAAAGACUUUGAUUUAUUCUGUAUACAAUGUAACUCAUACCUUCCAAUUAUAAGUAAUUUUCCUUUAUAUAUAUUCCAUAAUAUUUUGAGAUGUACAGUCCCAUUUUUUAGUUCCACUCUCCAACAUUGUCUCCCAAUAAAACAUUUGAUACUAA